UACUUGUAUUGGCCAUGUGUGAUUCGUGUCCAUCCUGGGCUAAUGUGUACUGCUGCAGUUUACUCUUUAUGCUUUCAUAUUCCUGAAUAUUUGUUUGAUUGAAAUUUUAGUUUAAACAAUGACUUAUGUUUAUUGACUUAUAUAUUUCGUUCACGUGCUGAUCAGAGUUACUUUAACGAUAAUAUCUCGUGCCUCUUCGUUAGCUUCGUCAGUUCAACCCGGUUGUAUUGAUGAUGAGCCGAAGGAUUUUGUAACUAUGACUUAGCCGAACAUGUUAAUCUUCCGACCGCUGCUGAGUGCCUUAGUUAAUAACCCAUUGACGUCAAAAACAAGCGGUUGUAUUUAUACAUUCUGCUGCACAAUGAGUGAAGCAUCUAAAGAUGAGCCCACUGCCAAGCCGUUUAAAAGAGGCCAUGAAGAGAAUGAAGACUCUGCUGAGAGGGUCCAGGCUUCAAAAAAAAUUAAAGCAGAAGGGGAAAACACUGAAGAUGAGAGGAAGUAUCCUAAAAAGAAAGUGGUCCUCCUCAUGGCAUACUCUGGAAAGGGAUAUUAUGGCAUGCAGAGGAAUGUUGGAACCUCUGAGUUUAGGACCAUUGAAGAUGAUCUGGUCACCGCACUCGUCAAAUCUGGUUGCAUCCCUGAAAACCACGGUGAUGAAAUGAAGAAGAUGUCUUUCCAAAGGUGUGCCAGAACAGACAAGGGCGUGUCUGCUGCUGGCCAAGUUGUGUCUCUAAAGCUGCGGCUGAUGGAAGAAGUAAUUGAAAAAAUCAAUGAGCACCUGCCCGCACAGAUUAAAGUGCUCGGUCUUAAACGGGUGACCCAGAGUUUCAAUGCCAAAAAUAACUGUGAUGCUCGCACCUACUCCUAUAUGCUUCCAACAGUGGCCUUUGCCCCAAAAGACUAUGAUACUGGGAAUAUAUCAGCCUUCCGUUUAGAACCCGAGACGCUUCAGAGGGUGAACCGUUUGUUUAGUCUGUACAAAGGCACCCAUAACUUCCACAACUUCACCUCCCAGAAGGCUCCAAAUGACCCCAGUGCUCGCCGUUACAUCAUGGAAAUGUCCUGUGGAGAGCCUUUCAUCUGCGACAAUUCUCAGUUUUCUGUGAUCACUGUCCGGGGCCAGAGCUUUAUGCUGCACCAAAUACGCAAGAUGAUUGGUUUGGUGAUUGCGGUGAUGAAGGGCUAUGUAAACGAGGAAGUGAUAGAGAGGAGCUGGGGACAGGAGAAGGUGGAUGUGCCAAAAGCUCCAGGUCUGGGAUUGGUUCUGGAAAGAGUUCACUUUGACCGGUACAACAAGCGGUUUGGAGGGGACGGACUGCAUGAAUGCCUAGAAUGGGACCAUGAGGAGGAAGCAAUCAAGGCCUUUAAGGAGGGUCACAUCUAUCCAACAAUUGUUGAGACAGAGUGUCAGGAGGGUUCCAUGGUCAGCUGGAUGGCCACACUUCCUAUCCAUGACUUUAAAAACUCAGCUGGUGAAACUCAAGAUGACAAGGACCAGAAACAGGACAAUGCCGAUGACGGGAAUGCCACAGACUAGGUCACUGCCUGGUGGAAGAAGUGACACGUUCUCAUUUUCUUUUUAGGUCUAAAGGUCUACCUUCCAAGACGGAUGGAUAUUUUAUAGUGGAUGUAAUUUCUGUUACUCUUAUACAAAUGUUAUUAAAUCUAUAAAUAACAA